AUGUGGCCGUACACAUCAACGAACUCUUGGUUUCUGCAAAAGCUAAAAAGGGCCGUUCUGCUUCUGGGACUUUACUUCCUCCUCGGUUUCGACCUAAUUCCUAUGCUCCUUUACAUAUUCAUGGUGCAGAAUGAGAUGAACGUGAAGCUGAAAAUUAUGGCAUCUGUGCUAUUCUCGGUCAUGUCGAUCUUCAAAUACAGCAAUCUGCUGUACGUCAAGAAUCAAGUGAGAAAUUGCUUGGCGCGUGUCGAGCAGGAUUUCCGGAGUGUCAUCAAUCCGACCGCGCGUGAGACAAUGCUUUUCCAUGCGAGAACCGGAAGACGUUUGUGCAUUCUGUCCUGCGUGAUAACGUAUACCUCUUCAAUGGCGUAUCGAACGCUUAUACCGCUUUCGCACGGGAAGAUCAUCACCGCCGAGAAUAUCACGAUUAGACCAUUGCCGUGCGCAGCUCAUUUUGUAGUGUUUGAUCCUCAACCUAGUCCGGUUUACGAAAUCGUUUUCUUCGUACAGUGCUUCACGUCGCUCGUCAAGUCCACGAUCGCAGUGGCAGCUUGCGGCAUCGCGUCGCUCUUCGCGAUGCAUAUCGUCGCACAGUUGGAAAUCUUGAUGACGAUAAUGAACAAUUUGACGAGCGGAUGCAAAAAUGGGGAUGCGAACGGGGAAUUAUCAGUUAUUGUGGAACAUCAAAUAAGAACGAAAGAGUAA